CUGGGAGAGCGGACACAGCUGGGUGCUGGAUUAAACUGAGACACCUGAUCCGUUUCACAACGCGUUCCUGUUGGUGCUGCAGAUUACCGGCCUGCCCGCCCGCCUGCCUCCCUGCCUGCCUGCCUCCCUGCCUCCCUGCCUGCCUGCCUGCCUGCCGGCCUGCCGCUGCACCUGAGGUUCCGCUGUCCUUCUGUUUCCAUCGGUUCUUCUGUUGGGAGGAUGCGUCGGGCCCGCGCUGCUCAGCACACUGUGAAAACAUCCAUUAGCUGCUGUUCUGCUUUCACCUGCCUGGCGCUGCAUUAUCAACAGGGAUUAUACAUGUGAAUCAUCGGGAAUAUAUAGCCACAGUCAGAGGGAAUUAGAAGGCGUCGUGCAGCUGGGCAGGCAUCACUGUGGGAGUCUCCUCCAUCCUUUGUGAGAGAGUGCUGUGUGUUGGUGUGAUGGCUGUGUUUCUGGUGCUUCCUCUCUCCGUGCUGCUGCUGGCCCUCCACGCUCCAAGUGGAGCGUCUCCAUCCUGCCCUGUGAGCUGUCGCUGCUACAGCCUCACUGUGGAGUGUGGUUCCACCAGCCUGAGGGACAUCCCCAAACACGUCCCUCCAUCCACACAGACCAUCUUCCUCCAGGACAAUGUGAUUGGUCAGAUCCGUCGACUGGACUUCACUCUGCUGAAGCACCUGCACUACUUGUACCUGCAGAACAACACCAUCUCAGCAGUGGAGCCUGGCUCUUUCCAGAACCAGGGUCAGUUGUUGGAGCUGGCUCUGAAUGGGAACCGGGUCCACCUGGUGACAGCUGACAUGUUUCAGGGACUCGAACAUCUCCGCAUUCUUUACCUGGCAGGAAAUGAAAUCACACGCCUGCUGGACUACACCUUCCGUGGUUUACAGCGUCUGCAGGAGCUCCAUUUGCAGCACAACAGUAUAGAGAUGUUAGCAGAGCAGGCUCUAGUUGGUUUGACUUCUCUGGCUCUGCUGGACCUGAGCAGGAAUAAUCUUCACACCAUCGGCCCUGCGUCCCUGAGACCUCUGGUCAGCCUGCAGGUGCUGCGCAUCACAGACAACCCAUGGCGCUGUGACUGUGCUCUCCACUGGCUGAGGAGCUGGAUUGAUGAGGAGGGCCAGCGGCUACUCAGCUCUGCAGAGCGUCGCCUGGUCUGCACCGAGCCGCCGCGCCUCUCCCACCUCAGCCUGGUGGAGGUCCCCCUCAAUAGCUUGGUGUGUAUCCCUCCACUGGUGCAGCUUGAGCCCAGGAGGCUAGCUGUACGCCUGGGAGAGAGUCUUAGGGUGUCCUGCCAUGCCUCUGGUUACCCUCGUCCACAGGUGACCUGGAGGAAGGCAUCCCAGGGUAAAGUGGCGCUUUCUCCCAGAGGCCUGGUUCAGGAGCUCGGUGCUGGAGGAGGUGCAGUGGGUGGAGCAGAAGAGCCCUCAGAGGAAGGCAGAGUCAGUCUGCAGAAGACUGACGGCGAGCGCUUUGACCCCGACACCGGCAGUGGCAUGCUGUUUCUCAGUAAUGUGACUGUGGCUCACGCAGGUUUCUAUGAAUGUGAAGCCUGGAACGCAGGGGGUAUGGCCAGGGUGACCUUUCAGCUCGCCAUCAACUCAUCUACUUCCUCUUCCUCCUCUUCCUCCUCCAUCUGGGCCUCAUGGUCCCAGGUGUCCUCGCCAUACUCACCUGCCUGGCCCAGGCUGAGGAGCCACGGUCCAGCUAUGGGCUCAGAUGUGAGCCGGGAGCCCCUGUACGCCCUGGGCAGCAUGGCCUUCAGCGCUCUGGGAGCUGCCACUCAGACUGCCAUCGCUGUGGGCAUCUCCCUGCUGGCUCUGACCGCUCUGCUGCUGGUCGCCAUGAUCUACAGUCGCCAUCACCAGCGAGAGAAGGAAGCUGAAGGAGCUGAGAAGGAGGAGAGCAUCCUGUACGUAAACGACUACUCUGACGGCCCCACCACCUUUGCCCAGCUGGAGGAGUACCGUGACGAGCGUGGCCAUGAGAUGUACGUCCUCAACAGGGCCAAGCCUGUGCUGCCUCCUGCUCCACCCACAGCUGUCUCCACCACUAACCUGGGAUGCCCUGCUCCAUCUGACACCUCCAGCCACACCCUCUCCUCGGGGCCGGGCCAAACCAUGAGCCCCACUCUGGUCCCCAACAAAAAGCUGCAACAGCAGCAGGAGGGCGACAUACGGACCAUGAGGAGAAUGGCGGGGGAGGGAGGGGAAGCCGAGCCUGUGAUCACAUCAGAGGCUGAAGGGAUGUUUCUUAAUCACACGGGCCUGUUCAUGGAUUCUCAGAUCGCCUACGAGAUCCACUGCUGAAGGGGGGGGGGGGGGUCCACUGCAACACAGAGGGUUUACAGCGAAGCUGUUACAGCUGCGUACACUUCCCUGUGGAAAGAUUUACUUUCUACCAGACUCAUCCACAGUGACGGACUCUUGUUGGAGAAGGUUUACAAACCUAGCACAGCUUUCAAUCGGGUUUAUUAAAUCAAAAGCACUUUUCAAUGGACAUACUGUGACCUUGCCACAACAAGAGUAGUGAGUAGGCUGCUGCGUAGAUCAAAUGCCCUACACUCAAAGACAAAUCCACCUGGACUGUCCUGUCCUGUACAUCACUAUCCUGCUCAGCGUUUAGCAGAGCUACUUUCAUACCACAAACCUUCCACACUCAUUGUUGUCCUCUCAAGAACUCUGAAGGUCUGCAGGGUGAGUAUAACAAAAGGGGGGAAAUCAUGGAAUCUUCCAUUUCAUGAGCAUGUGUUUUAUAACUGUUGUUAAUGUCUGGACAUGUUUAAUUCAGACUCUGCAGGCAGUUGAGCAUCUGAAGGCAGUACAGUGAGGGAGGCACUGCAUCAGCUGUGUUUUGUAACUAUGUAUUUAAAAGUUUGGGAACAUGUUAAAUCAUCACAACAAAAGAAUCUUUAAAGACAUUUAAAAGAGUCUUUCCAGAUUCAAUCUCCCAUCAUGAAACGUAUAACCCAGUGGGGCUGGCACAAAGUAUUCAGCAGAGGUACACAUUAUAGAUUAUAAUUACACAAAGAGAAACAGAGAAUAAGUAUUUAUAGAAAUAAAUCAUUAAAAUAUAAAAAAUUGGGAUGACUAGCAUAGUAUGGUGGCACCGAGAGCUCAACACACUGCACAUUAAGAAAAGAUCUUUGCCAAUUUCACAACAGAUAGCUGCAAGUAGAGAAAAGCAGGAUACAUUUGUCAUUGUACAACACAGAGUUGUGCAACAACGAUCAUUGAUCAGCUCCUUGGUUUUGCUGACUGAGCUGUAGGUUGUUCUCCGAGCACCACUCAUGAUCUCUAUAUGAAGUGUCAUCGAUGUUUGUAAUGUUUGUAAGGUUGUAAAAGCAUAAAUCGAUAUCGCAGCAUACAUGUGUUGAAGGUGAUGGUUAUCGUACCGUGUACAUUUGCUUAUCUACGCUAAGCUACAUAUGCUGCCGUCGCCAUAGUAAUUUCAUGUUGGGGGCUGCAGUCGUUGUACAGCGUAAACAGGAGGGGGCUGAGCACACAGCUCUGAGGGGCUUCGGUGUUCCGCACUAGAGUGGAGGAGCUAAGUUUGCCAAUCGCUUUCAUGUGGAGAUUAUGUUGAUUGCUGCGCUGAAAUCAACAAACAGCAUUCUGAUGGAGAUGUUGUUAUUUUCCAGAGGGUGAGGGCUGACUGGAGGGCAGUGGAGACGGCAUCUUCUGUGGAUCUGUUGGCUCUGUAUGCAAACCGGCGAGAGUCCAGGCUGCUGGGAUGUUGUUUUUGAUGUGCUGGAGAACUUCAUCAGAAUGGGGGUGAGGGCCACAGGGCGGUAGUCGUUUAGACAGUGUGACAGGGCACAUGUUGUUAGUACACGACCAGGGACGUGAUCAGGACCAGCAACUUUACUCAUAUUCACUCUCAGAAGGAUUCUUCUCACAUCCUCAGUGGAUACUGACAGUGGCCAUAAAAUACCAGCUUUAAAAUCCUUUUGAUGCGACACUGACUUGUAAUAGAGAGAACGGUGUAUCUGUCAGUCUGGUCUUGCACUCUGUAGCUUUGAUGAGCGGGUCGUACAAUCUCCCGGAGAAGUGAGUAAGGCUUCAUGACACUAAGUUGAUUUUGGUGAACCUGGAUCAUAUUUUAUGGAGAAAUGUUUAGUAGUUUUCCUUCUGAUGUCCACCGGCUGCUCUGACUCGAGCUUUACUUGUUGCUAAACUAAUGCUACCCGCCAACUGCUGGGAGCACCGGAGGAGAGUUGGCGUUUAAGCACAUGGAUGCACAAUCGUAAGUGGUUGCAGCUAUUGCCAAUUCAAGCUUGUUUUUAAAUGAUGCGCUCAGUCGUUUUUGUCAAACUGAUGAAGAUGUUUUCUUAAUUUGCAGUGUGUGGCGUAUAGUUAUAUAGGACUUAUCAAAAUGGUCAGCAACAUGAUCUGUAUUCUGGUCUGUCAGGAUGAAUACAUUUGCUCCAAAUCUGUGUAAAUAAAGGCUUAUAGAAUGAAGAGAAAUAAUGCCUAAUAAGGUCUCCCUGACCGAACUGUUGCACUUACAAAUCAUUGUGAGUGUGUGGAGGAUUCUAUACAAUAAAAAGGCUACAGCAGGAAUAUAUUUUAUUCUAAAUCACAAACACAUCUUUGAGCAUAGAAUGUUUUAACAUUUGAGUACCUGUCACUUAAUGGCGUAAUAAAGGCACUUUUGUCAGGAUCCUAUAGGAAUGAUGACUCAAUUUUACUAUUAUUACUACUAUUUACUAUCUCAUUGGUAACGAGGCUGUAGGUUUGGUUCAGAUUGAAUUUACUUUUUUUUAAUCAAUAUAAUUUAUUGAACAGGACAGUACAAAAAAAGGUAUAAAGUGGAUAAAUAUAUAUGUAUACAUAUACAAACAUGCACACAUUGUAUUCAAUAAAUC